GACCUCGGGCAACUUCGCGACGGUCCACAGUGGCAGCCCGGAAGCGCGAGGUGUUGGUUUCACUUUUUUUUGUCGCCCAAUUUUCUCGUGUCAAUUCCGUGGAGAGUCACGUAUCUAAAUGUAAACGAUACGUAAGGCGCACUUGAGGGGAUUCAUUCGCAACGUCGUACAUCGAGCCCGGACAAGAUGUCGACGUCAGCAAUAUACAUUCUGGACGUGAAGGGCAAGGUGUUGAUCUCGCGGAACUACCGCGGCGACAUCGAGACCGGUGUCAUAGAGAAAUUUAUGCCGCUGGUGAUGGAGCGCGAGGAGGAGGGCAAUCUUACGCCUAUCAUUCAGACCCCGGAGUGUACAUACGCUUACAUAAAGUAUAACAAUCUGUACAUCGUGUCGACUACCAAGAAAAAUGCGAACAUAUCCCUAGUAUUUGUAUUCCUGCACAAAGUGGUGCACGUCAUGCAGGAGUACUUCAAAGAAUUGGAGGAGGAGAGUAUAAGGGACAACUUUGUCGUUAUUUAUGAGCUCCUGGACGAGUUACUGGACUUUGGCUAUCCUCAAACUACCGACAGCAAGAUCCUGCAGGAAUAUAUAACUCAGGAGGGCCACAAGCUCGAGAUUCAACCCAGGAUCCCCAUGGCGGUGACCAACGCUGUCUCGUGGCGGUCGGAGGGCAUCAAGUAUCGCAAGAACGAGGUCUUUCUUGACGUGAUAGAAUCGGUAAAUCUUCUAGCGAAUGCCAACGGAAACGUCUUGAGCUCGGAGAUCGUGGGUGCCAUAAAGAUGAGGGUCUACCUGUCGGGGAUGCCGGAAUUGAGACUGGGCCUCAACGACAAGGUCCUGUUCGAGUCGACGGGUCGCGGUAAAUCCAAAUCUGUCGAGCUGGAGGACGUCAAGUUUCAUCAGUGCGUUAGGCUUUCCCGAUUCGAAAACGACCGGACGAUCUCGUUCAUCCCGCCAGACGGCGAGUUCGAGCUCAUGUCGUACAGAUUAAAUACGCAUGUGAAACCACUGAUAUGGAUCGAGUCUGUGAUCGAGCGGCACGCUCACAGUCGAGUGGAGUACAUGAUAAAAGCGAGGUCGCAGUUCAAGCGCCGGUCCACGGCGAACAACGUGGAGAUCGUGAUCCCGGUGCCGAACGACGCCGACUCGCCCAAGUUCAAGACCACGAUCGGCAGCGUCAAGUACUCGCCGGAGCAGAGCGCCAUUACUUGGAUCAUCAAGUCUUUCCCCGGCGGCAAGGAGUACCUGAUGAGGGCGCACUUCGGGUUACCGUCGGUGGUCGGCGAAGACGCCGAGGGCAAGCCGCCCAUACAGGUGAAGUUCGAGAUACCGUACUUCACCACGUCCGGUAUUCAGGUGCGUUACCUGAAGAUCAUCGAGAAGAGCGGCUACCAGGCUCUGCCGUGGGUGCGUUACAUCACGCAGAACGGGGAUUAUCAGCUGCGAACGAAUUAGCCACUCAACUUGGGGGCCGAUGAGUACCUCAGGAUUUCCGGCGUCUACGUCAUGCCCGAGUACGACGACUAGAAGCGCGUAGCAGGCUCUCGAGGGGAUCGGCAAUCGUUUAUCCAUUUUGCAUUUGAAUACGAAGUGAUGGUCAGUGAAAAAAAAAAAAACGUGUGUGAAACGCGAUGUAAAAAUAGAGCGGACUUUCGAACGCUGAUUUUUGGGAAAGAAUUCACAUUCUGCGCACGAUCGCGGUGUUUUAACAAUAUUCUUCUUAAAAAACGGGCUAAAACGUAUUGAAAGAUUCUUCAAGAACAUUUUACAUUUGAGAUACAAGUAUCUUAGGAGUACUUAAUUCAAAUGCGAUUCCAUUUGGUGUCGCGAUCUUCAUAUGUGUUUUUCAUUUUAUUUUUGAAACGAUUUGAAUUAGAUGACGAUAGUGAUGGCGAUCCGAUAACACGAAAUCUUGCGAUAGCAUCUUGUAAAUAUGUAUCGGCAAUUUAUUUUAUAAUAUUUUUCUUCGACAAGAUGAAUUUACGAACAGGCAGAAGAUAUUGGUAUUGAUUUAGUUUCUUUGAUUUAAAUUAAAUAGUAUUAUACUGAUAAAGAUUAAUUAUAUAUCAACGUCAACAUGUUUAACAAUCGCAAUAUUACUGCUGUAUGUGGUUGCGACGUUAAUGUAAGAUAGUAUGGAGAUAUAUUAAAUUUUUAAAAGAAAUAA